CACAAUUCUACUUCCUUAUCAUCCUCUCCAGCACGCAUUCUUAAAAUUCAGACCCAAUUCUUAAAAUCCACCACAACCCUCACUACACUUCCACUUCUCUAUCAUCCUCUUCAAAACCCAUUUCCUUAAAAUUCACCACCACAAUCACUACUUUUCCACUUCUCUUUCAUCCCCUCCAACACCCAUUUCUUAAAAUGCCAGCCCCAAUUUCUUGAAAUCCACCACCACCCUCACCACAUUUCCACUUCUCUAUCUUCCUCUUCAAAACCCAUUCCUUAAAAUUCACACCCAUUUCCUCAAAAUUCACCACCACAAUCACUCCUUUCCCACCUCCAACACCCAUUUCUUAAAAUGCCACCCCCAAUAUCUUAAAAUCCACCACCACCUCACUACGUUUCCACUUCUCUAUCAUCCUCUCCAACACCUAUGUCUUAGAAUUCACACCCAAUUUCUUAAAAUCCGCUACCCUGCCCACCACGUUUUCACUUCUCUGCCGUCCCUUCCAAUACCCAUUUAUUAAAAUUCACACCCAUUUUCUUAUAAUUCACCCCACCACUCUUCAUAAUCGACAAGAAGAAGAACAGAAAUGUCGGACUACAAGGCAGCCUUCCUCAAUGACCAGCUCUCGAAGCGCACCUCCAUCUUCGGCCUCCGGCUGUGGGUUGUCGUCGGCAUCUGCCUUGGAGCGACAUUCGUCCUCCUCCUCUUCCUCCUCUCCCUCUGGCUCACUUCCAAGCGCAACAGCACCAAGCUCAAAACCUCCCAAAAACCCACCAUCCCAAAUGUCUCAAAAGAGAUCCAAGAAAUCCGAAUUGAUCAACACCACCAUGCCCGGGCCCCACACGCUCAAGACCCAAAACCCACUACCCAAAUCCUUCCAAACCCGCUGCCCGAGUCCGAACUUGUCACCACCUCGAUCGAACGGCAAGCGCUCCUCCCUUCCCCUGAUGAGGAGAGCCCUGUUGGGCUCCACAGGAUUCACAUUGAGAUUGGUAAGGACCAUCGGAUUUCAUACCCAGAACGUGUGGGGGGCGGAUCUUUGCACGGAAGUGGCGAUCAGGGCCCAAUCGUGGUUCCUGAGGUCUCCCACUUGGGGUGGGGGCAUUGGUACACACUCCGAGAACUUGAAGCCUCGACGAACGGGUUUGCUGAUGAGAACGUCAUCGGCGAAGGCGGGUAUGGGAUCGUCUACCGUGGCGUCCUGGAAGAUAAUAGCCAGGUUGCUGUCAAGAACUUGCUCAAUAACAGGGGUCAAGCUGAGAAGGAGUUUAAGGUCGAAGUUGAAGCAAUCGGGCGUGUUCGGCAUAAGAAUUUAGUCAGAUUACUUGGAUAUUGUGUGGAAGGAGCUCACAGGAUGCUUGUUUAUGAAUAUGUAGACAAUGGGAACUUAGAACAGUGGCUUCAUGGGGAUGUUGGGCCUUACAGCCCUCUCACAUGGGAGAUUCGUAUGAAUAUCAUUCUUGGAACAGCAAAAGGAUUGACAUACCUACAUGAGGGUCUUGAACCCAAGGUCGUCCACCGUGAUGUUAAAUCAAGCAACAUAUUGCUUGAUAAGCAGUGGAAUCCCAAGGUGUCAGACUUUGGGCUUGCCAAGCUCUUGGGAUCAGAGAGGAGCUACGUUACGACCCGUGUGAUGGGAACAUUUGGCUAUGUUGCUCCUGAAUAUGCUAGCACGGGUAUGUUGAAUGAAAGGAGCGAUGUAUAUAGUUUUGGGAUUCUCAUUAUGGAGAUAAUUACUGGCAGAAACCCAGUUGAUUACAGCAGGCCUCCAGGAGAGGUGAAUUUGGUUGAGUGGCUUAAAACAAUGGUUGGGAACCGGAACCCAGAGGGAGUGUUGGAUCCUAAGUUGCCUGAGAAACCUUCUUCGAAGGCAUUGAAGAGGGCCCUUUUAGUGGGGCUACGAUGUGUGGACCCAGAUGCACAGAAGCGGCCGAAGAUGGGUCAUAUUAUCCACAUGCUCGAAGUUGAUGAUUUCCCCUUCCGAGAUGAUCGAAGAGGUGGGCGUGAGCCAGGACGCAUGCACCGUGACAGUCCCCAAGAGAAUGCAAAACUGAUAGAGAAACGGGUCGUGGAGUCAGGCGACAGCAGUGGGUAUGAGACCAGCACUAAUGUCGGUAAGGCAAGGUGGAGAAAGCAAGAAGGGUAGCUGAGUUCUCAAGAUUCUGGAGUAUGCUCUUUUAUCAUCUCUUAUUUUUAGGGCUUCCAAGCUCAUGUAAAAGGUGAAAAUAGCCAUCUUUCGCCUCGGUUAUCUCCGUCUAAGUUCUGGCCUAUGCAAAUACCAGAUUCUGUAUCUAUAUAUAGGUGGUUAGUUUAUACUAUAUAAAUUUGUAGCAUAUGAUCUGUGCUAUGUAUACUGUCGUUGAUGAUUCGAUUCAUGCAUCCUGAUCGGAAUCUGUUUCUUAGGAGAGCGUUUGUAUCAUGUUUUUAUUCUGUAUCUUGGAUUUUACUGUUUUUAUUUUAGAAGAUCAAGUCUCUAUUCUUUGUUUUGA